CCUAGCGGAGCACGCCGCAGUGAGUUGCGUAACAAAAGCACAGUCGCCUUCAAACGUCUCGCUGAAAACUUUCGCCUCUCUGUUCGCGCCGUACAAAAUGGAUAACCUUAAAUCGAUCUAAAAAAACUUUGUAACAGGACUUUUACUUUAAAAAUAAUAGAAUUAAUUUUAAAGACAGAUUAAGACCCUUCGGACGCUCUAACGCUUUCCAAUUUAAUUUUUUUUAAUAUUUGAAAAGUUGUUCUAAGUUUUCAGUGGCGAAAAGUGUAGUGGUUUUCGCCGGUCGAAUACGAUACAUCGUAUAUUAGUGUGUGUUUUUUGUUUGUUUUGUUUUAUUUUGCUUGACGGCGAGUGACGGCAAGUGGUGGCAACCAGUGGGGGGCGCUGGUGGUGCCGGAAUCGAUACUGCGGUGGGAGCGGCGAAGAAGUUCGCUGCGACAUGUGGCGGCGAAUGCUGAGGUCGUGGACGAGUUAAUCAUCUCUCCACAUGCCGACAACACUCUGCAGUCAGCAGAAAGAUGUCCUAAUAUGGGUUGGUCAUGCGUGGUGGCACGCGCCGUGGCCUUUGUACUAAUGCUGAGCGGCGCGUCGCAAGUCUCCGCGCUCACCUCCGACAUCUUUGCAGCGGGCAAGUCGGACAAAGAGAUACUGGACAAUCUACUAAAAAACUCCCGCUAUGACAAAAGACUGCUUCCACCAGUUGAUGGUGUCCUCACCGUUAAUGUUAGCGUGCUACUUCUUAGUUUAGCAUCUCCAGACGAAUCUAGCCUUAAAUACGAAGUUGAGUUCCUUCUUCAACAGCAGUGGUAUGAUCCCCGACUGCGGUACUCAAAUCAAUCUCACUACGACUUUUUAAAUGCCAUCCAUCACCAUGAAGAUAUCUGGUUGCCGGACACUUAUUUUAUAAUGCACGGUGACUUUAAGGAUCCAAUAAUACCAAUGCACUUCGCAUUGAGAAUUUACCGCAAUGGUACAAUCAACUAUUUAAUGCGACGGCAUCUUAUUUUGUCCUGUCAGGGGCGGCUCAACAUAUUUCCAUUUGAUGACCCAUUGUGUUCAUUUGCUUUAGAAAGUAUAUCGUACGAGCAAUCUGCCAUUACUUACGUGUGGAAGAAUGAUGAAGAUACUCUACGAAAGUCUCCGUCGCUGACAACUCUCAACGCAUAUCUCAUACAAAACCAAACCAUUCCCUGUCCCAUUAAGGCGAGCUGGAGAGCUGACGGUAUUUCACUUUACGAGGACGAUGAAGAGCUGACAUGUAAUCUUUGCCAGAGACGCUUUGAGGAGCAAGGUAACUACAGCUGUCUAAAGGUGGAUCUAAUUUUCACCAGAGACCGAGCGUUCUACUUUACCACAGUGUUUAUUCCUGGAAUAAUUCUGGUGACCUCCUCUUUCAUCACAUUCUGGCUGGAAUGGAACGCUGUGCCGGCCCGUUCCAUGAUAGGUAAUUACAGCUGUCUGAAAGUGGAUCUCAUCUUCACGCGAGAUAGAUCAUUUUACUUUACCACAGUUUUCAUUCCGGGAAUUAUUUUGGUGACAUCAUCCUUUAUUACUUUUUGGCUGGAAUGGAAUGCAGUACCCGCUAGAGUAAUGAUAGGCGUCACCACAAUGUUGAACUUUUUCACAACGUCCAACGGUUUCCGAUCAACAUUGCCCGUCGUAUCAAAUCUCACAGCGAUGAAUGUGUGGGAUGGAGUGUGUAUGUGCUUCAUCUACGCAUCGCUGCUAGAGUUUGUCUGCGUCAACUACGUAGGAAGGAAAAGGCCUCUACACAACGUCGUGUACCGACCCGGAGAGAAUCCUGUCACCCAGCGACUGCCCGCAGUUCUGAGCAGAAUUGGCAUUAUACUGGCCAGCCCUUUGGAGGCGAUGGCAUUCCUCCAUUGGGCAAAGUCUGAUCCGCCCGAGCCGGAGCCCGGCGGCGCUCCGUUAUCUCAGGGUGACAAAAAGCGUGAGUCGACGGGUGCCGCCGACCUGGUGUCGUGCGCGACAUGCGCGGGCCCGCCUGGCUCCUGCACGCACACCGCCAACAACGGCGGAGUAGCUGAGCCAUGUUUCGUCCAGGUCCGCAAAAAAGAGCCACCGCAUCCGAUCCGCGUGGCGAAGACCAUCGACGUGAUAGCUCGUAUCACCUUCCCAACUGCCUACGCGGUCUUUCUUAUCUUCUUCUUCAUUCACUACAAAGCCUUCUCUUAAUGCCUCCUCUUCCGCUACCCGCUGCAACUUGCUUUUAUAAAGUGGACAAUUUAUAGUAUCUACAUAUUUUGUAUUCCUUACUUUCGUCACGGCUACGUAAGUACGAAGAGAAGCUAAACCACACGCGAUACCUAACCAGAUAUUUUUGAUGAAUUUCAAUAUUAAAUAAGAAAUUGUGAUUGAACUCGUUUAAGAUAUAAUAUUUAAGUUAAUAAUAUAGAUUUAAGUGGAAAUAAUUUAGUGCAAAAGACUAAAGUUGCAGCUUGUGUUGAUAUGAUGAUGCCUGAGAUUUUUCUACGAGUUUUGAAAUAGGUUUUAAAUGUUUUUAUCGAUGGAAGUUAAAGAAAACGAUAACGCUAUGGGAAUAUGAUUUAAGAUAGACUAAAGAGGGAUCAAAGACAAAUAGUAAUGUAUUCUCAAUUACAUUGUGAUGAAUUAGACAAGGAUAGAACAUUAAGGUCGGAACGCGAUGAAACCGACAUCGUAAAUAACAUUUAAAAAUAUAUCUAUUUCAAAUCUUAAAACAGUCCAAUUUUUAUGAAAAAUCUCUUAUGCUCAUAGAUUAUAGAAUAAGGGUAGAAAUAUUACGUUAUAAAUUUUAUAUGCCAUAGACAAAUCACUUUAGAUGUAGUUUUCAUUCGAUUUAAAAUCACGUUCGUUGUGAUCAUUUCGUGUAUUAUUUAAAAGUUGUUUCAUAGAAGUGAAGCUAUAUUACAGAAUGUAUUCAAUUAGAUGUAGUUUAUAAAGCUCAAAAUAUAUAUGUAUAAAAUCAACAUACAUACAGACACACUGAGAUGUUAAGAAUGCCAUCCACUUAAUGUGUUGUUCCCGUUCUUUUAUUUAAAUCAGAAAUAUCUACAAUCCAUUGUUUGUAAUAGUUCAAAAAUAAUUUUGACAAUGUAAUCCAAAGGUCAUAUCAAGCAAACUUCAAUAACAAUUUAUAAGAGUUGAGUAUUCAGAGAAAAAUAUCGUAUAUGGUACACUAUUAUAUUAAAGUGUGGAUGAGAAACCAAUGUAACUGCCAACACAUACCUAAUGUCCUGAUAUAUAAUUUUAGGUAUUGUAGAUUGUAAGGGCCUUUCAAAUAUACAUUUUUUUGGCUUAAAUUAUAAUUCGGUAGUAUUUCACUUAGUAUUGCGAAUAAUAAUUCUUUUGAAAGUAAGUAAAACCAAUUUUUAUUGAUUAAUUCAUAUGAAAUAACGAUGGGUCUGUUACGGUUUAUGAAAUUAUAACUAUAAUAUUAUUAUUUAAUAAAAAAGAAACGAGAAUUAAUAAUCAAUGGAAAUAAUACAGAUUGUUUUCUAGGGCUUAUAACAUAUUAUGACCAGCAAAGACGUGUAUAUUGUUAUUAAAAUCAGUUUUAAUUUAGCUUUAUAUUAUGACUAAACUUUAGUUAUCCAGAAUAUCAAAAGGCUUUAUCUUUUUUUGUCCCAAACUUUAAAAAAAAAAACUAUCUCGGUUU